GUAAAUCGUUGCGAAAUUGCUUUGUUUAUCGUCGUCUUACAGUCGGUCCGUGAAAGUGAAUUUCGAAGUAAAACCAGUCGAGGCCUUUUGCGAGCUCAGGUAGAUGAAGUUUACACAAUGUCGCGUGGAAAUAAAGAUAAGUAUGAAAAUGCCAACCCUCGAAAGACGCACACCAUCAUGUCACCUGAGGAUGUUGCUGCCGGAAAAAAGUCGUAUUGGUCUGAAUUGGAGAUAACAGGAUCCAUCCGAAAUCUUAGUGUAGACCUUUGGCAAUUAACUCAUCUUACAUGUCUGUACCUGAAUGACAAUUGCCUUUCCCGCCUACCUGGUGACAUCUCUCGCUUAAGUAGUUUAAACGUCCUCGAUCUCUCUAAUAACAAGUUGCGUAGUUUACCUGCUGAGCUAGGUGAACUAAUCUAUCUCAGGGAAUUACUGUUGAACAACAACCUACUGCGAUCCCUCCCAUAUGAAUUGGGGAAGUUGUUUCAACUCCAAUCACUCGGGUUGAAUGGCAACCCUCUGUGCAAGGAGUUUCUGAAAUUGUAUGCGGAACCUAAUGGAACUCAGAAGCUUUUGACUUACCUUCUGGACAGCUUAACAGUGAGAGCUCCGCAACCCCCUGAAAGGCCUUGGAUUCCCCUCUCGAGACCAAAUCGAUCAAGACCCACCUGUCUAAUAACUGUUAUGUGUUAUAAUGUUUUGUGUGAUAAAUAUGCUACAAGGCAAAUGUAUGGUUACUGUCCAUCCUGGGCGUUAGCGUGGGACUAUCGUAAGAAAGCUAUUUUAGCAGAGAUUAAGCAUUAUACAGCAGAUAUUAUUAGUUUACAGGAGGUUGAAACGGAUCAGUUUUACAAAUUUUUUCUACCAGAACUGAAACGUGAUGGUUACGAUGGAAUAUUUUCACCCAAGUCUAGAGCCAAAACAAUGGCUGAAAACGAUAGGAAGUUUGUGGAUGGUUGUGCUAUAUUUUUUCGAACUGCCAAAUUUUCAUUAAUCAAAGAGCACCUCAUAGAAUUCAAUCAGUUAGCCAUGGCAAAUUCUGAAGGGUCAGAUGACAUGUUGAAUAGAGUGAUGCCAAAAGAUAACAUCGGACUUGCCGCUCUUCUGAAAACCAAAGAAGCAGCUUGGGAUAAUGGUCUACCGCCAGACCCAGCGCAAGUGGCUCAACCUGUUUUAGUCUGUACGGCUCACAUUCAUUGGGAUCCGGAGUUCUGUGAUGUCAAACUGAUCCAGAUUAUGAUGCUGUCGGCUGAACUCAAGCACAUUCUAGAGGAGACCAGCCUUAGCUUCAACAAAUCUGGACACAAGCCAGAUUCAAAUGCGGUUCAGUUGUUACUCUGUGGGGAUUUCAAUUCCUUACCGGACUCAGGUGUGAUAGAAUUUUUAUCGACGGGGCGCGUCUCAGCUGAUCAUCAAGAUUUCAAAGAUUUGCCUUACAAAUCGGUUUUGUCGAAGAUCUCAGACUGUGAUCAGUCGAAUGAAUUCACACAUUCCUACAAGCUAGCGUCCGCCUAUAGUGAGGAUAUUAUGCCGUAUACUAAUUACACGUUUCAUUUCAAAGGUAUCAUAGACUACAUAUUUUACUCAAAGCAGAACAUGACACCACUAGGAUUACUGGGACCAUUAGCAGCCGACUGGUUGCGAGACAACAAAGUCAUAGGAUGUCCCCAUCCACAUAUACCCUCAGAUCACUUUCCUCUGCUGGUAGAAUUAGAAAUGACUCCAAGUUUACCUAGUACUAGUAAUGGCAUAAUCUCAUCAAGAAGGUAGCAGCCAGGGCUCACUGAUGUUUGAAGCAACGAGAUGGAUCCAGCAACGCCAACCGUCACAUCCUCCGUGUAAAUAAAUCACUUUUACAACAACAAGAGUCCCCGAUUCAGUUUUAUUAUACUUAAUUCAUUACUGUUUUUCAGUUUUGUUGAAAGAACAAAACAUGUAUAUACUCUACCCUCCCUCCCCCCACUUCUUUUUUUCCUCCCUCCCCUCAUUGAAUUUUAUCGUGUGCGUUGCAUGUAUAGUCAUUUUAAAAACCAGUAGAUAGAUUUAGUUUUCUACUUUUUAUUAUCAGUUCCGUCAAUUUUCGCAAUAACAACGCUCGAAAUGGCGAUCGAAAUCGGUUUUGAAUUUUAAAAAAUCAAAUGUUGACGUUUGUGAUGACUCCGACGAUACUCCAUUCCCUUAUUGAUCAGAUUUAUUUUUAACUCAAUCUAUUUUUUGUUUCUCAUCCUCGGAUGACGUGUUUGUUCGUUUGAGUGAGUGGAUCUCAAAUAACUAUUUUUUUAAACCAUAUGGAUGUUUUAAUAACUUAUUUUCGUCAUCGUUGCUGUUCAACUAUCUAGACUAACUGUACAUUUGUUCUUGCAUUUAUCUGAGAUUACCGUCAUUAAAAAUAUUUUUAAAUUUUUUUUUAACGGGAACUUGCGUCCAACGGACGUUCCUAUUCUAAGUAGCUCCGAGUUUUUCGUAACUGCAUGUGAAUGUUUGACGUUUAUUCUAAUGCAGCCUCUUGGUGCUCCUUCACCGGAAUUUUUUUCAAAAUUUUUUUCGGUACAUCUUUACACCCUCCCUGUCACCCAUCAUUUCCUUGUGCAAUAUUACUUACAUCCUAUACAUUAAAAUCAUCAUGAUCAUUGAUACUGUCCAAGAAUGAUUUUGGUAAGACUAAAUUUCUUUUUCAAGUAUCAUUAUUGGCGUAACGCACUUCCUCUUAAAAGCUUAAGUUCUCCAAAUAUUUGACCGUAUUUUGUCUCAGCUUGAGCUAUCCUUGCUUUUAAUUUAUGAAAUAGAUCCUGACCAACAAAGUGACAUCCAUGGAAAGAACAGGGUGUUUACAGGACUGGCAAACAACUGGGAAUUGAUUUUCACCUCAAAUUUUAUGCAGAAGACUGGUAUUUUUUCCUCAUGUUUAAUUUUUUUACAUUUUAUCAGUCCUAACAUACAAGAUGGUGAAAAAUCCUAUCCGUCUGGUUAGAGGAAGUACUUAUCUGCAAAAUUAAAUUUUACAGGAAUUAAUGAAAUCUGUGCAGUACCAAUAGAUUCAGCAUGAAAAAAGUCGUUCUGAAAAUGAAAGAUUCAACUACAACUUGACUAAUGGAAACUGAGAACUCUGCUGUCAGUUUCAAAAUUGAACAACAUAGAAAUUGCCCUCCUUACACAUACAUGUUGGUUGAUUGUCAAUCCACAGGUUUUGAGAUUUUAAACCAAAAAUCUUCCUCCUGAAGUUGGUCGGCACCUUGGUAACUCUGUGGAUGUCUCUAAUGCUGUUUUUGAACGUCGCAAAGGAGAGCUGAAAAUGGAGUCACUACUGCUUUCUCCAGCUCUCAUAUUUGCAGGAGGUAGAAGCUCAGGACUCAACUCUCAGUCCUUUUUUGCGCUCUGCAAAACAGCUCCAAGGCAUAGACACCCUAUUGUUGUAAUAAGAUUGUAAAUUAUUCUGUUUCCAUGUGUAUUGUAAUCCUCCCCUCCCCCCUCCCCAUUUAAACUGCCAUAAAAUGAAGUAAUCAAAUUGGUCCUUGGUAUUUAAGAAAAGUCAGGUAUACAUUUUUUAGAUGAACUGACCAAUUAUCAUACAUUUUUCCAAUGUAUCAUUAGACGAAGUACCAAUUGAAGCAUUUUGAUGUACCUAUGUUUCCUCUUCAAAAUUUCACUCAGAACAUGACUCGCACUAUAAUAGUCACUAAAAUCAACUCUUAAUCAAGAUAUUAACAUUUUCCGAUUCCUACUUUCAAACUUCCUGCUCAGAAGAAAAACAAGAGUCUAUAUAAAUCAAAUCACAAAUCCUAACAGUUUUGGCAUGCUUUUUCAAUAAGCAGUUUGUGUUGUACAAAAUGUAGACAGUGUUCAAUAGCUUAGCCGAAGUGUGGAUAUUGAAGUUGUCAUAUUUUCAUGCUGCAAAGACUGUCACGGUAAUGUUCAGUACACAAUUUAACUUGAGUAGACUACGGGUUUUUUCAUGAGCGGGAAUUUCGAAUCUAAAAGCACUAAAAAGCAUUAAUAUCUUUGUCAGAAGUUUCUUUCGAUGAUUAUUGUUGCACAAAUCGUAAUAAGAUUGAUAUUAGAUGUUUCAAAGAGAAAACAUUUUAUCAUAAGGCCUUGUCUCCACGCAAGGCUUUCAUGGGAAUUGUCCCAAAGUCAAAUCCUAAGAAUGAAACUUGGGGGAUUUUCGGCAGUUACCGUCUUUAUGGAACAGGGCUUUUCCUGGGACAAGUUUGCGCGUGAAGAUAAAUUUGUUAUAAUCGAGUACGUAACUGGCAUUAAGAUAAUGAUUGAGCGUCACUAACAAUUAUGCAAAUUAAUUGAAGUAAACAAACACAAGCAAUCGAGUAAACAAGGAAAGAUCAUACAAUUUGCUUUCUAUUCUUCCUCUCUUAGUUGGAUUUAUUAUUAGAUAUCCACAAGGACCCAUAUUUAGUACUGCGAUUAAUAUUGAGUCAGUCAUAAUUUUUCCUGACUUUGUAACAGACUUUUCCCCGGGACUAAUCUCAUGGAAACGUCACGUUGGAGACAAAGCCUAAUGCUUAAAUUUGCAUCUUGUCUAGUGGUCCAUUCCAGAAAUUAAUCUUUUGAUUUUGACUUACCCAACUGGUAAGUUAGCUUGCAAAAUAGUUCAAGAGACACUUACGGACUGACUCAUUCAAGAUAGUGCCAAUUCUGCAUUUUAGAAAAAGUUGCAUUUUAAAAAAUGUGAAAUGUACCUAUUCUGUGAUCCUAUAGAGUAGAAGUUAAAUGAUAACUUUAAAAGUUUUAAUUGUAUAUCUGAUCGGUUUUUAGUGAGCAGAUCCAGUUUAUUUGUAGUCUUGCAGUUUUUGUCCGUUACCUGAUCUUCAGUAAGAGGGAGCCUCUCUGAGGCUGUAGCUGAUAAGUACAGUGUGUGAAUUGACCAUAUUAGCAUAAUGUCAAUCCUCCUAACAUACUUUUGGAUAAAUCUUGAAUUCAUGAUGAAGGGUUGUCACAGUCAGGGAAUUUCAAAAAGUCAGGGAAAACUUGGAAAUGGCAGGGAAACUGGCAAAAAUGUCAGGAAAAAUCGUUAAACAGGGUGUCUACCGUCAGUUAAAACCGGUAAGUAUCAGGAAUUUUGAUGUCCUUAAAAAAAAAAUCAGGAAAA